CUUUCUAAACUGAUACUUUGAGCCGGCCACUGAAUCUAUAAGAGCCAAAUCUCUGGAUUAGCAAUGUACAAAUACAUUAACUGUGUUUGCGCAAUGCCUUUCUAGACAGAAGCCUCUGCAACAUACAAAAGUGGUGCUGCUAAAUUACCAAUUUUCUUUACAUUUUCAGUGUCAGUGUAGCACGUGACUCUGCAGUGAAACCUUCACUUUUCACUCCCAUGGCUUCCUCAUUGCCCUUUUAUGCAUGAGCUCAGAUAAAGAUCUGUACUUUGGCUGAUUCUGGAAAUGGGUUCUCGGAUUCAGCUUCUGGGUCUCUGCUUAUGGUUUCACUUUGCAUGUUCAAGCUUCAUUUUUGGUUCCAGAGUGGCAGUAGGAGGAGAUGCAACUGUGAAAGGGACUGUUGCCAUUGAUGACAAAGCUGCGAUUGGAACUAUUGAUGGUGAUUUUGUCUGUGCAACUUUGGAUUGGUGGCCUCCUGAUAAAUGUGACUAUGGGAGAUGCAGUUGGGGUCUUGCUUCUCUUCUCAAUCUGGACCUCACCAACAAGAUUUUUCUUAAUGCAGUGAAAGCCUUUUCACCUUUGAAACUCAGAUUAGGUGGAAGUUUGCAAGAUAAGUUAAUAUAUGGCACUGAAGAUUACCACCAACCUUGUACUCCUUUUGUUAAGAACGCUGCUGAGAUGUUUGGUUUCACGCAAGGGUGCCUUCCAAUGAAAAGAUGGGAUGAACUGAACAACUUUUUUAAAAAAGCGGGGGCUAAGAUCAUUUUUGGAUUAAAUGCUCUUGCUGGAAAAUCAAUUCACGGUAAUUCUGCAACAGGACCUUGGAAUUCCACCAAUGCUGAGUCCUUUAUCAGAUACAAUGUUAGAAAUGGCUACACCAUUCAUGGAUGGGAACUUGGCAAUGAAUUGAGUGGGAGUGGAGUUGGAACAAGCAUUAAAGCAGACCAAUAUGCUUCUGAUUUUGCUGCUUUACGAGACAUAGUUAACAAUGCAUAUGCAGAUAUUGAUUCUAAGCCACUAGUCAUUGCACCUGGAGGGUUCUUUGAUGCAACCUGGUUCAGGGAAUUUAUAAGCAAAUCUGGAAAAGCUUUGGAUGUGGUAACCCACCACAUUUAUAACCUUGGACCAGGAGUAGAUGAACACCUCGUGGAAAGAAUUCUGGAUCCUUCCUUUCUUGAUAAGGAGGCUAGCACAUUCAGUGGCCUCAAAAAUAUACUUGCAAGUACAGGUACCUCAGCAACAGCAUGGGUUGGUGAGUCAGGAGGGGCCUACAAUAGCGGUCAUCAUCUUGUAUCAGAUGCUUUUGUUUAUAGUUUCUGGUAUUUGGAUCAGCUUGGCAUGUCAGCUUCUUAUGACACUAAAACAUAUUGCAGACAGAGUUUGAUAGGAGGAAACUAUGGUUUACUCAAUACUACCAAUUUCCUGCCAAAUCCAGACUACUAUAGUGCUCUUCUUUGGCAUAGACUCAUGGGAAGAAAUGUACUGUCAACUACCUUCUCUGGGACAAAAAAGAUAAGAGCUUAUGCACACUGUGCAAAGCAAUCCAAGGGAAUCACAGUCCUGUUGAUCAACCUAGACGGCAACACAAGUGUUGAAGCUGAUGUUACCUUCGACAACAAUGCAAAGAGUUUGAGGCUGAGAAAGAUGUCCAGUCAUUCAAACAUGAUGGAACUGCCUCUUGCAAGUGAAACAGCAAGAGAAGAGUACCAUCUAACUCCACAGGAUGGGAAUAUACAUAGCCAAAUCAUGGUACUAAAUGGGAAAGCUCUAAGGGUAAACUCAGCUGGUGAAAUUCCUCCUUUGGAUCCUAUAUAUGUGAACUCAUCAGAACCAAUAAGUGUUGCUCCUUUCUCUAUUGUAUUUGCCCAUUUACCUGAUGCUGUUGUAACUGCUUGCGGCUAGUUAGGUGGCACUAGGGGAAACCAAAAUUGGUUUCACUUGGUGGUUUAGCAAAUUACAUGGAAAAAUAUGUCUUAGUUUACCAAUUGUUUAGGUUAAGAACUAGGAUGUUGAUGGCUUUCUGCUAUUGCUGAUCAAGUUCAAUGUGAUUACAAUUUGCUAUUGUAAGCGACAAAUUCAAUUUCUUGCAUCACUGAAUGAGGCAAACCCUCUUUCACACGAAUAAUUGUUUUCUUUCUACA